UACAUUCUCUGAAAGUCCAAGCGUGAAUGCUUUCUUCACAUAUGACAAACGUCACCUUAUCGGUAAUAUUCACACGCGAACCAUAAAACAUUAACUGCUCUCACUUUUAUUUUGAGAUCAAAUACCAAUUACAUGUAGAACUCCAAUUGAGAAAUAUACAGACGAACUUACAGAAAUCGGAGAUUGAAGCUGUUUUAGAAAUAUCUGUCAGGACUUUCUUAAAAGUUCAAAUGAACGUUAAUGUAGUUCUAUAACAAGUGGAAAUGAAUUAAAGAGAAUGUUUACAGGUCAUUCGACGCCAUUUAGUGUGCUAAUUUCUGAGUCUAAAUACGUAUGAAUUCUUGGACAAUCCGGUUCGUGAUGGACAAGACAGUGUUUGAUUAAGAUAUUGAUCCAAAUCUCAACUUUUACACAAAAAUUUAGUCCUGAACUAACAAGAAAAAAAUUUCAUUUGUGACUUCGAAAUGCCGUUCAAGUUUCAUUAACGUGUAUUCACAAAUAAAAAGUUGACAACAAAACCAUGUUCCAUUUAUUUUCUAUCGGCGGCUGUAACGGAUUUUUUUGUUCUUAAUUUUAACCUUUUAACACGAUGGCUACAAGAACAAUUUAAUAUUUCUCUACCUGAUUGUCUGAAACUCGGAUUUCUUGAACAGCGAGUGGUAGAGUUUAUACGUUGUUACAUGACCAUAUUAGUGGUUCGUGGUCAACAAUCAGCGAUAAAAGGAUAGGUUAUACAUUGUCCACCUUUGAUCUUUUACACAUACAGAUUUUAUAUUGUUGAUCUUUGUACACAAUUAUCUAGCAUUUACAAACAACAACGACAAUUAAAACAUGAUCAAAGUGAAUUAGUCGUCUAUCGAGGACAGUUCAUGACUUAUGAUGAAUUAGAAAAGUUAAAGAGUAACAAAGGAAAUUUGAUAUCAACAAACUGUUUCUUUUCUACAACAACUGAUAUUAACGUUGCAAGACUAUUUGCCCAUAAUUAUCAGCAUAAAAUAGCUGUUUUAUUUCAGAUUAAAACUAAUUAUAAUUUAAAAAAUAUAAUUUAUGCUGAUAUUGAAAAUUAUAGUACAAUUCCAGAUGAAAAAGAAGUUUUAUUUCAUAUUGGGGCUGUAUUUCAAAUAAAUCGUAUUUAUUAUGAUGAUAAGUUAAAUGUGUGGUCAAUCCAAUUAAGUGCAAGUGAUAAUGGUCAAGGUCACAUUGAACAAUAUUUAAAAUUACAAGAAAUCAAAUUACAAGAAACCAAUGUUAAUAUAUUAUUCGGACGUAUACUUAUAGACAUUGCCGAAUAUUCGAGAUCAGAAAUAUAUUUCAGAAAAUUAUUAGAUACGCUAUCAUCGAACGAUCACGAGGGUCGAUCAAUUUGUUAUCAGUAUCUGGGUCGAUCAUUGCAUUACAGCGGAAAACUUGAUGACGCACUUCAGUAUUACGAAUUGGCAAAACACAUACAAACAGAUAUAUUGAACUUACAUGCAAAUGUAAAUUGUGCAUAUAAUUUAUUUUACUUGGGUUGUGUCAAUGUCGAAAAAGGUGAUUACAAUCUAGCAAUGACAUAUUUUCAAGAUGCAUAUGAUAUGGAACGAAUACUAUUUAAAGACCAAGAUCAUUCAUUAAUACCAUCAACAUUGCGCGGUAUUGCAUGGGUCUACGAUAAAAAAGGUGAUUAUAAUAAUUCAUUAAAAUACCAUUGGCAAGCACUUGAAGGAAAUAAGAAAAUUUUACCUUGUGUUCAUUCAUUAACUGCAGAUGGUUUAUCUUCGAUAAGUAAUAUUAAUCAUCGUCAAGGUAAUUACCAAAAAGCAUUGAAUUAUGCAUUGCAAGCUUUCGAUAUGUAUAAACAAUCUGUACCCAAAACUCAUCGAGCGUUUGGUGAUAUUACAUCAUUAUUAGGUGAUAUCUAUUAUGAUAUAGGUAACUUUGAUUGUGCUCUAAAUAACUACGAAUAUGCAUUGAACGUACGUAAACAUAUUUUUAAUUUCAAUCAUCCAUUGAUUGCUCAAUGUAUGGAUGCAAUCGGAAAAAUAUAUCGAAUUAGAAAAGAAUAUGAUAAAGCACUCAGUUAUCAUCAAGAAUCACUUGAAAUAUUUAAACAAAAUUUUACAAAUAAUAAUCAUCCAUCUAUAAGUAAAUGUUUAUUUCAUAUUGGAAAUGUUUGUGAGGACAGAAGACAACUCACUGACGCAUACAUCUACUAUCAACAAUCAUUGGCUAUAAGACAAAAUUUAUAUAAUUACAAACAUCCAUCUAUUUUGCAACUGGAUACAUAUAUAACGCAUGUAUUAUAUUUUGAACAAGAAAAAGAGUAUGAUAAAGCAAUCGAUUCAUACAGAAAUAUUUUAAUCGAUCAAAAACAUGUAUUUCAACAAGAUGAGCAUCCCAAUAUAGCACUGACAUUAUACAAUUUGGGUCUAUGUUAUCAUCGUAAACAAGAUUAUGACAAUGCCUAUGUCUGUUUUCAACAAACAGUUGAUAUUCAGAAACCGCGUUUGAAUGAAAAUCAUUCAUCACUUAUUCGUACAUUGCAGGCAAUCAAAAAUUUAAUAGAUUGA